ACGAGGCUGACAGUUUUGUGAUUUAUUUUUAGCUAGAGAAUUUUUUUUUUAAAAACAGAAGUACUCUGUAGCUUUGGCAGUUGCUGCAUAUUCAGCGUGGGUGGAUGGAACUGAGAAGUCGCAUCUGUGCUAACAAGCGUUUUGGGAUUCCAUUAAAAAAUUAAACUCAUGUACUGGAAACUGAAGCUGUAUCAGCUCACCUGGGGAGCUUUGCCCUCCGAAUAUCCUCCAAAAGAGGCCCUGCACCGCCCCUAUGGUUGUGAUGUUGAACCCCAGGCACUGAACGAAGCCAUCAGAUGGAGCUCCAAGGAGAACCUGCUUGGAGCCACUGAGAGCGAUCCCAAUCUCUUUGUUGCACUUUAUGACUUUGUAGCAAGCGGCGACAACACGCUCAGCAUCACCAAAGGCGAGAAGUUGCGAGUCCUGGGUUACAACCAGAACGGUGAAUGGAGCGAGGUACGUUCGAAGAACGGGCAGGGCUGGGUACCCAGCAACUACAUCACACCAGUGAACAGCCUGGAAAAGCACUCGUGGUACCACGGGCCGGUGUCACGCAGCGCAGCAGAGUAUCUGUUGAGCAGCCUCAUCAAUGGCAGCUUCCUGGUCCGGGAAAGCGAGAGCAGCCCAGGGCAGCUGUCCAUCUCGCUCAGGUACGAGGGACGUGUUUACCACUACAGGAUCAAUACCACCUCAGAUGGAAAGGUAUACGUGACAGCAGAAAGCCGUUUCAGCACGCUGGCAGAGCUGGUGCACCAUCACUCAACAGUAGCAGAUGGACUGGUGACAACUUUGCAUUACCCAGCACCCAAGUGCAAUAAGCCCACUGUCUAUGGAGUGUCCCCCAUCCACGACAAGUGGGAGAUGGAGAGGACUGACAUCACCAUGAAGCACAAACUGGGGGGAGGGCAGUACGGCGAGGUGUACGUCGGUGUCUGGAAGAAAUACAACCUCACAGUUGCUGUGAAGACAUUAAAGGAAGAUACCAUGGAGGUGGAGGAGUUCUUGAAAGAAGCUGCUGUGAUGAAGGAGAUCAAGCACCCAAACCUAGUGCAGUUGUUAGGUGUGUGUACCCUGGAGCCACCCUUUUACAUUGUGACAGAAUACAUGCCAUAUGGGAACCUGCUAGACUACUUACGGGAAUGCAAUCGGGAGGAAGUGAGUGCUGUUGUGCUACUCUACAUGGCCACCCAGAUCUCCUCUGCCAUGGAGUACCUGGAGAAGAAGAACUUCAUUCACAGGGACCUGGCAGCACGGAACUGCUUAGUUGGAGAAAAUCAUGUGGUGAAGGUGGCUGACUUUGGCUUAAGUCGCCUUAUGACUGGAGAUACCUACACAGCUCAUGCUGGAGCCAAGUUCCCAAUCAAAUGGACAGCUCCUGAGAGCCUGGCCUAUAACACCUUUUCAAUCAAAUCGGAUGUGUGGGCCUUUGGGGUGCUGUUAUGGGAAAUUGCUACCUAUGGGAUGUCACCAUACCCGGGCAUUGACCUCUCUCAGGUGUAUGAUCUGCUGGAAAAGGGCUAUCGGAUGGAACAACCAGAGGGGUGCCCUCCAAAGGUUUAUGAACUGAUGAGGGCAUGCUGGAAGUGGAACCCACCAGACCGACCUUCCUUUGCUGAGACCCACCAGGCCUUUGAAACCAUGUUCCACGACUCCAGCAUCUCAGAGGAGGUAGCAGAGGAGCUUGGCAGAACAGCUUCCUCCUCAUCCAUAGUUCCUUACUUGCCUCGGUUACCCAUGCUUCCCUCCAAGACUAGAACACUGAAGAAACAGGCAGAGAACAAGGAGAACAUUGAAGGAACACAAGAUACUGUGGAACACUCAACUUCCAGCUCAGCACCAGGUUUCAUCAGAAGCACACAGCCAGCAGGCGGGUCUCCCGCGCUGCCCCGCAAGCAGAGGGACAAGUCACCCAGCAGCCUGUUGGAGGAUGCCAAAGAGACCACGUUCACCAGGGACAGAAAAGGUGGCUUCUUCAGCUCCUUUAUGAAGAAGAGGAAUGCUCCCACACCUCCCAAGCGCAGCAGUUCCUUCCGGGAGAUGGAGAAUCAGCCCCAUAAGAAAUACGAGCUGACGGGUAACUUUUCAUCUGUUGCUUCCUUGCAGCAGGUGGAUGGGUUCUCUUUACCUCCCGUGCAGCAGGAUGCAAGCCUGGCACCACCCAAGUGCUAUGGUGGGGGCUUUGUGCAGAGGACCUUCUACAAUGAUGAUGGCACUGGUACCAGCAGUGGUGGGGGCAUAAGCACCAGUGGUGGAUGGUCGGGCAUCACUGGCUUCUUCACACCACGCUUGAUUAAAAAGACACUGGGUUUACGAGCAGGAAAACCCGCCGGCAAUGAAGAAGCUUCAAAGCCUUUUCCAAGGUCAAACUCUACAUCUUCCAUGUCCUCAGGGCUUCCAGAGCAGGAUAGGAUGGCAAUGACCCUUCCCAGAAAUUCCCAGAGGUCAAAAAUGCAGCUGGAACGGACAGUGUCCACCUCCUCUCAGCCCGAUGAGAGCACAGGGAGGGCCAAUGACCUGCUUCCCAAAAGGUUUGAAGAAGGCCCUGCCUUGACCAGAGAGAGACCAAAAGCCAAACUCUUGCCGAGGGGCGCCACAGCGCUCCCCUUCCGAGCCCCCUCUGCAGCAGAAGAAAAGGAGGGUCCAGGGCUAGCAGCAGCUCCUAAGGGCAAAGAAAAAAACAGCGGCCCACGGCAAGGGGUCCCUGAGGAUGGCGAGAGACCGGGGUGGUCAUCUCCAGUAAAGGCUGCAGCAAUACUUCCAACCACUCAUAACCACAAAGUGCCAGUCCUAAUCUCACCCACUCUAAAACACUCUCCAGCAGACGUGCAGCUCAUUGGCACAGACUCUCAGGGUAAUAAAUUUAAGCUCUUAUCUGAGCAUCAGGUCACUUCUUCUGGCGACAGGGACCGGCCCAGACGGGUAAAACCAAAGUGUGCUCCACCUCCACCACCAGUGAUGAGGCUCCUGCAACAGCCAGCUGCCUGCUCUGAGGCAGCAGAAGAGCUGAACAACGUGGCGGGAGCGCAGCAAGGACUGGAAUCCAGCGAAGGGACUAAGAAGGCGGCGGCGGCAGCAGCAGCACCUGUUGGUGGGAAAUCUGGGAGGCCAGUGAUGCCUCCACCUCAAGUGCCUCUGUCCUCGUCUUCCACCUCCCCGGUGAAAAUGGCCAACGGCUCGGCUGGAGCCAAAGUCACACUACGAAAGACCAAACAGGCAGCUGAGAAAAUCUCCGCCGACAAAAUCAGCAAGGAAGCGCUGCUGGAGUGCGCGGAUCUCCUCUCGAGCGCCAUCGCCGAGCCCACGCCCAACAGCCAGCUGGUGGACACAGGGCACCAGCUGCUGGAUUACUGCUCAGGCUACGUGGACUGCAUCCCCCACACACGCAACAAAUUUGCCUUCCGGGAAGCCGUGAGCAAACUGGAACUCAGCCUGCAGGAGCUGCAGGUGUCCUCAACAGCUGCUAGUGCCCCUGGGGCAAACCCCGUCCUUAAUAACUUAUUGUCUUGUGUCCAGGAAAUCAGCGACGUGGUGCAAAGGUAGCUACUGUCAGUUGGGGUAAGAGGAACACACACAGGGGGAGGGGGAGGGACUUUUCUUCUGUACUGAUGCUUUCAAAAGGAAAGACUGAUACUUGAGUCUGUGAAGUACCUCAGAUCACUGAGUUCUCCUCACGUUUACAGGUUCAUCUCAAAAAAAAAAAAAAAGGGGAUGGAGAGAGGGUAGAUUAAAGCUGUAAGGGGCAGAACAUCGAGUAUUUGUCCCUACUUAGUCAGUCUAAUCUGCUUGGUAUGGCGAGGGAAGGAUGUUCCUUGCUCCUCUCUUGGAGAGGCAGGAGAACUGAUAGCAGGUUCUUGCUCUGGGAAGGAUGGCUUGACGUGGGAUAGCUGGAGUGCCAGAGUGGCUGCAGGCUGCUCGGCUGUACGGAGCCUCCCCUGUCUGCACUGACACAUGCUGUGGCCUCCUGACCAGGCAGAGGAGCCUCUGGGUUGGUACCAAGCAGUCUGAGCUGGAGCAGCUCUGCAGGGGACAGGUCGAAUGCACUGACAGUAUUCAGAGCUGCUGGAGGUGGAUGCACUAGCCCAGAUGGCUUCCACAGCACUGUUGCUGCUGUAUAUGAGAACUGCAAAAUUCGUUACUAUAUGAACCUCUCCCUUUUCCCUCCUGUCCACCUCAUCCACCACGUUCUCAUCUUCGUUGUAUCGGAAGCGUCAGGGAUGCUGGGCGGGCUUACCACUGGAAUACCCCUUCCCCACCACAGCCUUCACUCUGUUGAUACUUCUAGUGGUCGAGCACAGGUGCUGCUUGAUGGUCUUUUUGUGAGUAGUUUGGGGCAUUUGCACAACUUGCCAGUGUUGUUCUUGGGGUGGGUGGUUUGGUUUGGGUUUUUUUAAGCUCUAGAUUGUUAUAACUUGUUACUGGGUUGACUUCCCAAUUCCGUUUCAUCACCUUGAGGUCCCACAGUAGGUAAGGCAGAACCUCCAUCACCUCUGGCUCUUCCCUGCAUUCCUUUAGUGGUCACAAUGCUGUGGGACCAACCCCAGAGCCAGACAGUGCAGCCUGGCCUGCCACACACCCUGGCUGCUGCAGGAUUCCCUGGACCAGUCCCUCCUCUUGGCAUAACACUAACAUUUAUGGCUUCUUGGGAUUUGUCCUAGUGCUUACCAGUCUCAGACUUUCAGCUUCUCUGCAUGUGAAGGUAACCAGGUAUGUCAGCACACAGGCUAAUCACAGGCAUCUUUUUUUUUAAAAUGGAUUCCUGUAUCUUAAAGGCUAGGCCAGACUCAUGCUGUGGCCUGAAGAACAUGCACAUACACAGCUCACUCCUCUCCCUGGGACAGGACAAGUGUCCUGGCUCUGCCUCAGAGAGCUCCUGCUAGGUUACGGUCUCCAGUGCCUACUGACAAUCCCAGAAUGAAAGCAGCUACCUGGUUGAAGCUGCCUUCCUUGAUCCUAGUGGUGUUUGUAGGCUGCUGUGGCCUCCAGAGGCCAGUCUUCCGUGUUUACGCACAAGUCCCCAAGAUGUCACUGUCCUGGCAAGGAGGAAAACCUCAAUUGUUGCUUUGAGAGAAGGAAACAAGCCUGGUACCUGGCUCCAAAUACACAUUACCCUGCAUGCUGCUGCUCACUUCACACUAGUGGUGAUGAUAGAGGAUCUGGCUUGCUUUGCACCUUAAAUCUUGUCAUUUUUGGCUAAAAGGCUUUUUAAACUUGUUUUUAAAGUGUGGGUGUGCUGCUUUUAGGUUGAGCAUUUAGAGUUGGGCUGGAGCACAGGUGCAAGUUUAGAAGCUAGGCACUUCCAUUUCUGCCUAGAACCAUUGCCUCUUGGUGCUUGGAAGUAGGCCGGGCUGUCUCAGAGAGUGUUUUUUUCCAUAGAGCAUAGUGAAACAGUGGCCUGGCAAGUCUUCAGAAAUGGACUGGUAUCUAAGAAUCCUCAUAUUAUUACUGGUCUACAGUAAACAAAGUUGUGUCACAACACCUGAAUGUGUACCAGUGGAACAGCAGAUGAGGUAAAACAGAUGAUGCGAGCUACACUGUCCAAGUAAGUGAAAUGGGGAGGAAGAAAGCAACCCUCUCCACCCCAACUGACAGGCAUUAAAGUGAAUUAAUUAGUUUUACUGCACUGAGCUGGUGGUACUGAAGUAGAGACAAAUGCAAGUUACUCAUCCUGACUGAGCAGCACCAAGCCCUCCCAACAAAGCCUGCUGUAGGAUUUUCAACUUGCCUCAGGUCAGUGGGACAGGGAGGACUCUCCUGGGGCUCUGUCACAGCAGCCUCAGCCCUGAAGCUGAGCACCCAGCCCUUAUCACCUAGACUUUUUAUCAGCUUUUGCUGAAGGCUUUUGUGCUUUAUCUCUUUCAGUCAUCUUAAUGGAAGGUGUGCAUUGCUGCCCACCAAACUAAUGGCCUUUGGGAAGGUGACCUGCAAAGGGAAGGCAGCUUGUGAAACUGCUUCACAACCAGCACAAGGUGGAAAGGCAGGGGAGCUUUUUUUGGGGCAGAAAGGCAGGUCUUGUUUGCCCUGGCAGACAAUCGUGUGGUUUCAUCACUGUACUACUACCACAGACAGACUGAAACUGAAGUGAUCCUCAGGGGAAAGGUAUUUUAACCAGAAAGUUUUAAGGCUACUAGUCCAGUUCUGAUGAAUAUUUUUUAAAGAAGCCUUUGCCACCCCAUGCCAGGCUUCCAGAAAAGCUCCAGCAAAAGUGACAGAGUAGCUAACAAUUGCUGGAAUUUUUAACUACUAAAACUCCCCUCUUUCAGCCCUUUCUCACCCUUCCAAAGAAACUAACUGUGCCCCCACAAAGGACUGGUUCCCCUCCACUGGUCAUCCCCAAUUCCCUUCAGAGGCAGCUGGAUUCCUCUCCCAAGGGCGGAGACAAUGGGCAGUACCUCUGUGACAGGUACCUCUGGAUGUUACUGGACCAAACCCCUGCAGAGCCCACUCACAGCUGCCACCCAGGACCACAUCCAGAUGGCUUUUGAGUAUCUCCACGGAUGGAGACUCCACAACCUCUCUGGGCAACACAGAAACCUAUUCAGUUCUGAUCCCUCCAGGGGAAAAGAAACACAACAGUAGAAUUUGGAGAUUUCCUGUCAUCAGUCAUGGAGAAUGUUUGCUCUGCUCUUACCUAUGGUCCUACUAACAUCAGGGAGGUAGAUGGUGGCAGAGGCAGCGCUGACUUGACACUGGGGUUUUGUCCCCCUAAAUAGGAGGCUGCAGAAUUGCUGCUGCUUCUGCUGCCCAAUAGUGUUUUAUUCCCAACCUGGAAUUCUUCCCUGCCCUCUGGCAGGAUAGCUAAAGGAUGAUGCAUAGGAAAGCUGGUUCUGCUGUAAGUCACCAUUCAGUUGUUCAUCCUUCCACAGCUACUGUCCUAAAUUUGUUCCCCUCUCCCUUCUGCUAGUUCUGGCUUUCUAUGCAGCCUUAAGUCUCUAGUGCAGCACCUUGCUGCACUGCCUUUCAGCCUUGCAUAGCACAUUCAGUGUGACAUAAGGAUGGUGGAGCUCUGUUAUUUGCCCCAUGAAGAGCACCUCGCACUCCACUCUUGAGGUUAGGAUCAAGGCAUGAACUCCUGUUUGUGUUUCCUUUCCUCAGCACUGUCAGGCAGCCCUAUGGGGUAAGGAUGCAAUUGCAGCCAGGCUCUCUCACUUGCACUAGCACGGGCAAGAAUAGGAAGUAACCUUCUUUGCACCAGGGGAUGGCAGCACGUAGGGGCAGUAACACCAAGCACAACACUUGCUCACACGAGUGAGUCCACAUGGGGCACUUUCUCUUCCAAGCUACUGUGGGGAAUUGGCCACCUCACAGGUGCAAUUUCUCUUUUCUUCCUGCACAGUACACCCUUUUUAGCCCCCAAGUGGUGCACUCAGCUGCCUGACUGGCAGCACUUCAAUUUAAUAAUAUUUUCAUUAGUGGGGACAAGGGUGAAGCUGAACUAAGAGUUUGGGUCUUGGGACUGCAUCUAAUUUAGCUGCUGAGAAAGCAGAAUCGAAUGGAGCAGUGUGGCUGAUGCAGAACACAGGGGGAAAAGGGGGCUGCCUGCUUCCAUCCUCCUCACCUGGGACAUGUCUCCUGAGCACCACCAGCCUCAUCUAGGUGUGACGUGCACACACACACACACCCUUGACAUACCGUCCAGCGGCCUUAGGCAAGAGUUUUAUGGCACACGGCUCUUUGUGGGCAGUGGGAACUAAACCCCAGAGUGUGGGGCUGCCCCAGAACUGCUGUGUUACCAGAGCAGCAUCCCCUGCCAGGCAGUGGGUGUGUGAGCAGGCAGGAUGGGUCACCCUGGGCAGUCAAAGAAGCAGACUGAUGUCUGCACCACUUACCUGAGACAGGCUUCCCUGCACCCAGGCGCUCUGCGUCCCGUCUGUCAGUACUCCCAGGCAGCAGCAGCAGCAGCUGUGACAAACACUCGUGGAUCCAGAAAGAUCUUUUUUUUUUUUUUAAAAGUCUCAGGCUGCUGCCUUCUCUUCAAAGCACUCGGCCCAACCCUGCUGCUCCCCAGCAGGAAAACCCAAGGGUAGCGACUAGUCCCGCUGCAAUGCCGCGGGCACCGUCCAGCACGGAAGGGCUGCACUCCAGUGGCCCGUAGUGUGGAACAAAUCCUUCAGCCUCUUCCCUCGUGGGAGGAAAUCCAAGGCUGUGGGACACCCGACUUAUUUAUGAUACCUACGUGGUAAGAAAUGUCUGUACCAAAGGAGGUUGUUCUUCCAAAAUGUCUCUGUUGUGCACAGGGAGUAAAGCCCCGUCGGCUCAGCACGCUGUUUGUGUCAGUAGUGAACUCAUUGAGGGCAGGAAUGGAUUAAAAUCAAACAUGUUCAUCACGAAUCACUCUACCAGUGUUGUCAACUGUUUUUGUUUUUUAAUUGUUAUUGUAAUAUAUUUUGGUUGUUUUUUUUCUAAUUUAAUUCUCUCACUAUCGUCUGACUGUGAACUGCGAACAGUGUUAAACUUGAUGUAAACAAGGCCUGUGGAAGGGCCUCUUUGCCUGUCGUUCCACAAAGUUUUGCCAAUUUGCAUUUUGUUUUAAAUAAAGGUUGCAAUAUUUUAUUGGCAAAAACCA